CUUGGGCGUUAAUGGAGGACCUAGAACACAAAAAGUCAAUCCCGGGUCAACCUAGAGCUGACCCGGUCAAACAAAUCAGCCCCCGCAUCUCCAACAAGAUCUGGCAAAACAAAGAAGCAGAAGGGAACGAAGAACAGGGACGACGUUCCCUUUCCCGUUCCUCCAAAACAGAAGCAGCAAUGAACAACCAGCCCUGCAGGAAAUCGAGCACAGAAGAAGGAAGUAGCCUCCGCCGGAAUCCACGCCAUCACCGUCGCCGGAGUCCAAGUCAUCACCACCGUCUCUUACCGUCCCUUUCAACACGCCGACAUCCCUCAAUUUGGAGAAGAAGCCGCUCUUAGAAGGAGACCCGAGACAGAACCCAGGUAGCGACCGUCCCCUUCAUCAUCUCGUCGCUGGCGAGUCGUGGAAUCCGCAGCUGAAGCCGUGCGCGAUCAAUGGAGAAGAUGAAGUCGCUGCUGCUGCGUUCGGAUGAGGCCUACGCAGGACAAGAAUUGGGCCGGGCUGCCCUAAUCUGAUUUGGGCGAGAAAAAGACCAAACUUUCCCCUAGCCUCUUCCGUUUUAAUAUUCAGGACUCUACCCUUAAUAGUCUUUUGCCAAGCCCAAAAUUCAGACUAUAAAUUCAAGCCUUGCUGAUCAGUUUGGGGAGGACAUGAGAGAAGACACAUUUUAGAUGGAUUUUACUUCGUAUAUUUUAGUUAGGGUUUUUACAUUUCUUCUCUCUAGAUUCUAGGGUAGAUUUGUGGAGACCUAUCUUUCAAGAUUCAAGCUUUCCUCUUGCACUUCAAUAGAUUGUUUCUCAUCUAUGAUCUAUCUAGUCAAUAAUUCUGCUGCUACAAUAUCUGCUAAUAUUAAUAGCAUUCCAGUGCUUAACGGCACGAAUUUUAAGGAAUGGAAAGAGAACGUUAUGAUCGUUCUCGGCUGCAUGGAUCUAGACCUUGCACUUCGGACUGAGAAACCCGCCGCUCUUAAGGACACAUCUACCCUUGAUGAAAAGAGGGAGAUGGAGAGGUGGGAACGCUCAAACCGCAUGAGUCUAAUGAUCAUGAAACGUGCAAUUCCAGAAUCAUUCAGGGGCACAAUGGCUGAUGAGGCUGAUGCCAAAUCGUUCCUUGCCGAACUUGAAAAGCGUUUUGCUAAAAACGAAAAGGCGGAAACUAGUACUCUUUUAAGCACUCUUGUUUUCAUGAAGUAUAAAGGCAAAGGCAACAUAAGGGAGUACAUUUUGGAAAUGUCUCACAUUGCUUCAAAACUAAGUGCACUAAAGCUUAUUUUACCUGAGGAAUUGCUUGUGUAUUUAGUUUUGAUCUCUCUUCCUUCUCAAUUUAAUCAAUUUAAAGUCAGUUACAACUGCAUUAAGGAGAAAUGGUCUCUCAAUGAGCUCAUUUCUCAUUGUGUUCAAGAGGAAGAGAGAAUAAAGCAAGAUAAGACAGAAAGUGCUCAUUUGGCAUCUACCUCUAAGGGCAGCAAUAAAAGAAAAAUUAAGGAAGCUGCAAAUUCGGGGCCUCCCAGGAAGCAUCACAAGGAAACUAAGGAAGAAACUAAGGAAUCUGGAUGCUUCUUUUGCAAAGGGACUAAUCACAAGAAAAAGAACUGCACUAAGUACCAUGUUUGGCGUGCGAAAAAGGGGUUGCCUGAGCUGCCGAAAACCAAUUGAUGGUGAAAGAUACAUCUAUGUCGGUGAUGGCAAGCGGGUUGAAGUUGAGGCUAUCGGUGUUUUUAGAUUAUUAUUAAAGACUGGUUUUUAUUUGGAUUUGAAAGAGACAUUUGUUGUGCCGUCAUUUAGGCGGAAUUUAAUUUCUAUUUCUGCAUUGGACAAAUUUGGUUAUUCUUGUUCAUUUGGAAAUAGUCAGUUCAGUCUAUUUCAAGAUUCAAAACUUAUUG